AUGGCUGUCACAACGCUGAAAGUGGAUGGCAUGACAUGCGGCGCCUGUACGUCCGCUAUUGAGUCCGCAUUUAAAGAUGUGGAUGGAGCAAAGGAGGUUUCGGUCAGCCUUGUGAUGGGAAGAGCGGUGGUAGAGCACGACCCAACAGUCCUGGCCCCAGACAUGGUGAAAGAGAUAAUCGAAGAUCGCGGCUUUGACGCAGAGGUUUUGACAGCAGAGCGCUCAGAAUCUGACAGAACCAAUGCGACCAAAUCCCCAAAUACCGUCUCGACAACGACUCUUGCAGUGAGCGGAAUGACAUGUAGCUCGUGUACAUCCGCCAUUGAGGCGGGACUGACGGGCAUUCCUGGUGUUAUCGAAGUUACCGUCUCGCUGCUAUCGGAACGGGCGGUGGUUAAGCACAACGUUUCCCAAAUUACAUCCUCACAAAUUGCGGAUAUUAUUGAAGAUCGGGGUUUUGAGGCAACCGUGUUAGAUUCGGAAAGCCCGAAACUAGAUGUCACCAGCCACACACUCGACAACAUUGAUACCUCAAAAAAUCAGUUGGCACAAACGAGUACCACGAUCGCCAUCGAAGGCAUGACAUGCGGAGCAUGUACGUCCGCUGUCGAAGGGGCUCUAAAAGACCAGCCAGGCUUAAUACGUUUCAACAUUAGCCUUUUAGCUGAGCGCGGCGUUGUUCUCCACGAACCGUCUAUUUUAUCUACGUCAAAGAUCAUCGAACUCAUUGAGGACGCCGGUUUCGACGCAAAGGUACUCUCAUCAGAAAUGGAUUCGUCAUCUCAGCGCCAUGCUUCCGCAUCACUCAAUUUCAGCAUAUAUGGAUUGACGGAUGCUGCCUCUGCUACAUCUUUAGAAACUCGGCUCCGCAACACACCAGGAAUACUAGCUGCCGAUGUGAGAUUGUCGAAUUCACGCGCUACAGUCACCCAUCAGCCAUCAAAAAUCGGUAUCCGAGGCGUCGUGGAAAUAAUCGAACAUGCUGGUUACAAUGCUUUGCUUGCUGAUUCGGAGGACAACAAUGCCCAGCUGGAAUCACUAGCCAAAACUAAAGAGAUACACGAAUGGCGAAAAGCAUUCUGGUUCUCGUUCUCCUUCGCUGUCCCCGUUAUGCUGAUCAGCAUGAUAAUUCCCAUGUAUUUUCGGACCUUGGAUUUUGGGAGCUUCGAAAUCAUCCAUGGCUUAUUCCUGGGCGACGUUGUUUGUCUAUUCCUCACCAUUCCUGUCCAAUUCGGAGUCGGGAUGCGGUUUUAUCGAUCCUCAUUCAAAUCGUUGAGACAUGGUGCGCCUACUAUGGAUGUUUUGGUGAUGCUGAGUACAAGUCUAGCGUUUGCAUUUAGUAUUCUAAGCAUGCUUGUGUCGAUGCUUUGUAUGCCGCAUACACGACCAAGUGUUGUGUUCGAAACAAGUACAAUGCUUAUCACUUUUAUUACCCUAGGCCGCUGGCUGGAAAAUCGCGCGAAAGGGCAGACAUCUCGCGCAUUAUCCCGGUUGAUGUCGCUCACUCCUUCCAUGGCCACUAUUUAUGACGAUCCAAUUGCCAUCGAGAAAGCAGCUGAGGGCUCCCGUGGCUAUGGGAAUGCAGCCGAAGAGAAAGACGCCAUCACCAGUGGUGCAAAAAGUGCGAAUCAAAAGUCGAUCCCUACAGAAUUGAUUCAAGUUGGUGAUGUUGUCUGCCUCCGCCCAGGAGACAAGAUUGCAGCCGACGGAACCGUCAUCCGUGGUGAGAGCUAUGUCGAUGAGAGCAUGGUGACUGGCGAGGCUAAUCCAAUUCGCAAAAUCCGAGGGAAUCAAGUUAUCGCGGGUACCGUCAAUGGAGCCGGGUGGGUUGAUUUUAAAGUUACGCGGACAGGUAGAGAUACCCAGCUGAGCCAAAUCGUUAAACUGGUCCAAAAUGCACAGACGAACCGAGCACCAAUCCAACGUAUGGCAGAUAUCGUUGCCGGAUAUUUCGUUCCAGCUAUCCUGACUCUAGGAUUGGUGACAUUUUUGGGCUGGAUGGUUCUCAGCCAUAUCUUACCCAAUCCACCAGAGAUAUUCCUUCGAGGGGGCAGUGGAGGUACGGUAAUGGUCUGUCUCAAGCUUUGCAUAUCUGUGAUCGUUUUUGCGUGCCCGUGCGCCCUCGGACUUAGUACUCCUACUGCUGUCAUGGUUGGAACUGGUGUUGGAGCUGAUCAUGGUAUUCUCGUCAAAGGCGGCGCAGCACUAGAGGCAGCGACAAAAAUCCAACAUGUGAUAUUUGACAAAACCGGCACAUUGACGACGGGCAAGACAACAGUCGCUGAUACUAAACUGGAACCCAUCUGGGCAUCCAAUGAAUGGCGUCGUCGCCUAUGGUGGUUAAUCGUCGGCCUUGCGGAAAUGACAAGCGAACAUCCUAUCGGUAAAACUAUCGUCACUGCAGCAAAAUCUGAAAACGGGCUUUCGAAUGACGACCCCCUUGAUGGCUCCAUAGUCGAAUUUGAAGCAGUCGUCGGAAAAGGUGUAUCUGCCAUUGUUGAGUCCGCAGCCAGCAUUGAACGAAACAGGUAUCACGUCGCUGUUGGAAAUGCAGUGUUCCUACGCUCCAAAAACAUACAAAUACCCGCAGCGGCGGAUCCAGAUAGCCAAGGCCCUACGACGACAGGGCUGACAUCGCAAAGCUCCAAAUACGACGUACUCAAUGGUGCGACUAGAGUGCAUGUGGCGAUUGAUAAUAAGUAUUCAGGCACAAUAUGCCUUCAAGAUUCUUUGAAACCGACAGCAAAAGCCACCAUCGCUGCUCUUCAUCGAAUGGGCCUUACCACGUCCUUGGUAACCGGCGAUACUUAUUCUACUGCUCUCGCCGUGGCCAAUGCAGUAGGCAUCCCAGCAGACUCGAUCCACGCCUCCGUUACUCCUCUCGAAAAACAAGCCAUCAUCGCGGAGCUCCAAACUACAUCCAGGCUCGCUGUCGCCAUGGUUGGCGAUGGAAUCAACGAUUCUCCAGCACUGGCAACAGCCUCGAUCGGCAUCGCGCUCUCCUCCGGCACGGACGUCGCCAUGGAAGCCGCGGAUGUUGUCCUCAUGCGGCCUGACGAUUUACUCUCCGUCCCCGCGAGUCUCUGCCUCGCCAAAUCAAUCUUCAGACGGAUAAAGAUCAAUCUAAUCUGGGCCUGUCUGUACAACGCCAUCGGCCUACCAUUCGCAAUGGGCAUAUUUCUCCCCUUUGGAGGCAUCUCGCUGCACCCCAUGGCCGCCGGGGCCGCAAUGGCAGCUUCGAGCGUCAGCGUUGUCGUGAGCAGUCUUCUUUUGAAACUGUGGAAACGGCCACGGUGGUUGGAUGAAGAAAGACUGGAGAAAGAGAUUGAAAUGGGCUUGAUCAGCGCGACGGGAUAUAGUCGCCGUGGAGCCGGUGGUUGGUGGAAGAAGAGCCCGGUUGGAUCUGAGCAGAGUGGAAAGGUAUGGCGGGGUAUUGAAUGGGCUGUGCAGAGGGCCUCGCGGAUGAUGGGGCGGAAGACGAGGCGGACAGAGGAGGAAGGUUAUGUGCCCUUGCAAACCGUUGAGCCGAUCAACUAA